CGUUGGAAGUGUUCUCUUGACACUUGACGUUACGGAAUUAUUGAGCUGUUUGUAAGGUUUCUUCGGAGUGAAAAUGGUGUAAGAACAAGUGUCACGAGGACGAUGAGCAGGAUCACAAAAAUGGCCUGUCCAGGAGGUGGCUUGUACGUCGUCGAGGGCGAAGUCUGCCUCCUCAUGACGGCUAUGAGACGGGGUAACCGAUGGUCUUCCCAUUCCCAUCAGGACGACGAUCAGGACAGUCUUAUGAAAGGCUUGUCUACCUUAAAGGAGGCACUGAAUGAAGCAAAAGAUUUGUCUCAGCUAGAACCAGGAGUGUUUCUGGCUCCAUUUUUAGAAAUUAUAAGAUCCGAGGAAACUACAGGACCUGUUACCAGUAUUGCACUGUCUGCUGUCAAUAAAAUGAUAUCUUAUGGUUUCAUUGAUGCCGAUCAUCCAGCAAUAGCCCAAUGUGUAGAGGCUGUGGCAGAUGCUGUAACACGUGCAAGGUUUGUUGGUACCGAUGCAGCUGGAGAUGGAGUUGUUUUAAUGAGGAUACUUCAAGUUCUAAGAGCUCUUAUGCUAUCACAAGCUGGAGACUAUCUAUCAAACGAAAGCAUUUGCGAAAUUAUGAUUAAUUGCUUUAGGAUAUGUUUCAGCACCAAUCUUAGUGAACUGUUGAGAAGAACAGCUGAACAUUGUUUACGAGACAUGGUACAACAUCUUUUUACCCGUUUACCUCAGUUUGUAGAUGACACCAGAGUUCUGUUAAAUAUGAAUAAAAUGAGAGCCAACAGUAUGGAAAAUACUCGUAGCAAAAAUAGAAGAAACAAGAAUCAUUUCAAGCAAAAGGCUAAACCAAAUCUAGAGGACACAGGUGACAGUGAACCUCAGCUCUUGAACUCUGUGGAUAGAGCGAAGACUGGCCAUUUAGCGACAACACCCGUUGGUUCCGCAGGAAAUAUCGUUGAUAUGCAAGGGUCCUUGGAUCAAGGAACUACUGAGAAAUCAGAAGAUGAAAAGAACGAUAACAAGGAUAAUAUUAGAAAAAACUCAACUGAGAAGGAUGAAGGUUGUAAACAAGAAGACAAUUCAGAUGUGAAGGAGAAAAAUGAAGAUGUGAUAGACGUAACGGAAUCUAACGAAAACGCUGAUGGAACAGUACAAAGUGCAAAUGUCUCGACGGAAAAGGAGCAAGUCACACAGGAAGAAUGUAAGAGUAUGGAAAAGGAAGACACGCGGGAACACAGUGAAACGAAGGAAACGUCUGUAGUCAAACAGGAAACUCAAGAGAACCAGUCGGAUAACGAUGAAAAGAACACGGACUUAAUAACGUCUCCAACAGGGAGUGUAGAGGAUUUAUCAAUAGACGAUAGUACAAGUAGCGGAUACAAAGCGUCGAAAGUUAAAGAAUCCGAACAAGUUGAAGAAUACGUUAAUGCCCAAGGAGUUCGUUUCAUGGCGCUCCAACAAUUAACGCCGUACGGUGCUUUGUGUGUCCGUGAAUUAUUUCGGUUCCUCGUGUCUCUGUGCAGCCCUCUUGAUAAACAGAAUAAUGAAGUAAUGACUCAUCUAGGUCUGAGUCUGUUACAAGUAGCCUUGGAAAUCGCUGCCGAUGCUCUUUCGAACUUUCCAUCGUUACUCGCUCUCGUGAAAGAUGAUCUUUGUAGAAAUCUUAUCCUACUUCUUGGCACAGAUCGACUGUCGAUUCUCGCAGCAGACUUGCAAGUGUCAUUUUUAUUAUUCGAAUCGCAGAAGGAACAUUUGAAAUUCCAAAUGGAGCAUUAUAUAACGAAAUUAAUGGAAAUUGUUAACUCGGAAUCGAAUAGAAUAUCGUAUGACCAACGAGAAUUAGCGCUCGAGGCCAUUGUAAGGUUAUGGAGAAUACCCGGAUUACCCGCUGAACUUUACCUGAACUACGAUUGUGGUUUAUAUUCGACGAAUUUGUACGAAGAAUUAAUGAAGCUCCUGUCAAAGAAUGCCUCCGCGUUAAUGGGCACAAUGUACAGUAUGCAAUUCAUCUCUUUGGACGCAAUAAUCACGUUGAUUUCUGGUAUGGAUAUCAGAUGCCAAGGGCACAAAGAAUUGUGCAAACCUUCACGACACAGUGCGUCGCAGAAUCUGCCCACGCGAGAAGAAUUACUUACUAUAAAAGCUAAUAAACGGUGGCUGGUGGUGGGAACGGACAAAUUUAAUGAGAAUCCACGAGAAGGAAUUGCUAAGCUUACAGAGCACGGUCUGUUGGGCGGUAGCCCGGGUAAUCCGGAUCCAGAGAAAGUAGCAAAAUUUUUGAAGGAAAAUCCAGGCCUCGACAAGAAAGCAAUCGGUGAAUACAUCAGUAAAAAGGAAAACAAAAACGUUCUAAAUUGUUUCGUCCAUAAUUUUGAUCUGAGGAAUACUCGAAUUGAUCAAGCCCUGCGUCUUUACUUGGAAUCUUUUCGGCUUCCUGGCGAAGCGCCACUGAUUUCUCUGUUGCUCGAAAAGUUUGCGGAACAUUGGCACGAUAGUAAUGGCAAUCCGUUUGCUUCGGCAGACGCUGCGUUUACUUUGGCAUACGCUGUGAUUAUGUUGAACGUCGAUCAACACAAUUACAACGUGAAACGGCAGAAUACUCCAAUGAGCGCGGACGCGUUUAAAAGAAAUCUGAAGAAGGUCAAUGGCAGUUCUGAUUUCGAUCAAGAAAUGCUCGAUGAAAUAUAUACCUCGAUCAAGGGCGAGGAAAUUGUGAUGCCAGCUGAACAAACUGGAUUGGUGAAAGACAAUUACUUGUGGAAAGUUUUAUUACGUAGAGGUGCCGGGCCGGAAAGCACCUAUCUAAAAGUUGGCAACAACGGUGAAUUCGUUGACAAGGAACUGGCUGAACAGGCAUGGGCUCCCAUUAUAAGUGCGCUUUGCAGAGCGUACGACAAAGCACCGGAUAGGUCCCUGCAACGUCGAGUUGUUGAUACAUUCCUCGGAUGCGCAUCAAUAAGUGCCCAUUACGGUAUGAGCAGUGAUCUAGACACGCUCGUGGUCAGUUUGUGUAAAUUCACGGGUCUCGCAACCGGUGGCGAGCCCGAUCAAGUGGUUCUGCAUCUCGGCGGAAGCGGAAAGUGUCAGUUAGCCGCGAGAACUCUCUUCAAAAUCACUCACGUGCACGGGGAUGCGAUGAGAGCCUCGUGGAAGAAUAUCGUUGAUUGUUUGCAAUCGUUGUACAAAGCAAGAUUAUUACCGAAGAACCUCACCGAGGGAGAAGAUUUUAUAGAUCCGUCGGGAAAGAUAUCUUUGCUUCGAGAACCAGCGACGCCCAAGCCACCGCCAACUGAUCAGGGAAUAUUGUCCAGCUUGUAUUCUUAUAUGACAUUGGACUCCUCGCGCAUGUCCCAUCUGGCGGAAGGAGCGGCGAGGAAGAAAGCUACCGAAUUCGUGGUCAACUGCUAUCUCAAACAGAUCAUUGAGGAGAGCAAAUUCUUGCAGGUCGAGUCACUGCGGUCUCUGGUCGGUGCACUGGUAUUUACAAACCAUCAGGACGAAGAUAUCUCGGUGUUCAUGCUGGAGCUGCUGCUAGAAGUGACCAUUCAGAAUCGAGAUAGAGCAAUGAGCAUCUGGCCGAUAGUUCAGGCACACCUGGAUGGUCUGCUGACAACAGCCGCGAGGGAAAAUCACAACUUGACCCACUUACCUUCGGCGACCACGGCACCUCUCGCUCGUCAGAUCGCGUAUGGCUUAUUCGAGUUGCUGAAGACCGGUGCCGCGAAUAUUCAUAGCACAGAGGACUGGAAAGUAGUGUUUAGUCUGUUGGAAUGUGCCGGAGCAGGAGCAUUGUUGCCGAAGCAAUCGAACACGGUGUUGGACGAGGUCUCGAAUUCUAGAACGUCGGUGUUGGAUCCCAGGCCUAUUAGUCCGGUGCCGGAAUGGGUUCUCGUGUCGCCCACGGGAACGGAAGCACCUCUGCCAGUGGCCGCUGACACUAUUGUUCUUGAUCGUGAUCUGCAACCACACGAUCCAGCGGCCCUCGUCAAGUGUUGCGAAAGUUUGACAUUUCUAGUCAGAGAUGUGGCGCACGUGACCCCCUUUAACUUCGAGCUGUGCAUUCGUUGCGUGAGGACCUUCGCCGAAGCGGUUCUCCAGUGCACAGGGAAGAGGAACAGAGUGCACAGCACGGCCGAAGAACCAGCAGGCUACCAACAGAGUCCUAUUCAGCUGCUGGACCUGAUGCACACACUGCACACACGAACGGCUCAGAUAUUCCGAUGGUGGGCAGAAGAGAGCAACGCCACCGAAGGGGUGUCUUUGUGGCCACAGGCAUGGAGGCCUCUAUUGCAAGGUAUCGCGAGACUGUGCUGCGACGCGCGUCGGCCGGUUCGCACAGCGGCCAUAACGUAUCUGCAGAGCACGCUUCUGGCUCACGAUUUAGCUCAAUUAUCCGCGGUGGAGUGGUCCCAGUGUUUGGAACAGGUACUCUUCCCGUUGCUCGCGCAACUGCUGGGACCGAUAGCGGCGAACGAUCCCAUCGGAGUGGAAGAAACAAGAGUCAGGGCAGCGAUGUUACUGUCCAAGGUCUUUCUUCAUCAUCUGAAUCCUCUGCUAUCCCUUCCAGGAUUUCUACCUCUAUGGCUUACAGUUUUGGACUUACUUCGCGCCUAUAUGCACGCGGACAACAGCGAACUCCUCUUCGAAGCUAUACCGGAAUCGCUGAAGAACAUGCUGCUGGUGAUGUCCUCGGCCAACGUUCUUGCGCCGAAUUCGAACCUAUGGGCGCCCACCUGGAGGACCAUCGACGGAUUCUUACCGAAUUUAAAGGACGAAUUAUUCCCCGAACCACCACCGCCUCCGCCACCGUCGCAGACACAACAAACACCGCAAGUGAUCAGUUUGGUGGAGCAGCAGCAGCCGUUAUUUCCGGGAUCGAUAGCGCCACAGCCAGAGAACGUAAUAAGUCCAACCGAGCUUCCGACACAGCAGGAGGCUGACAUUAUACCCGAGACCGUGGAAGCUGCUGCGAAUCCUAGCCCAAUAAACAACGUCGUCUCUAUGUCGAUUCCGUUGCCACCCGCGCCGUUCGACGGCAAAGAACCGCAACAGGUGAUCACGCUGGUCAAUCAGCAGCCACCAAGUGUGUCGAGCCCAGUUGCAGUGCAGCCGGCCGCGCAACAAAUGUUUGAUAUCUGCCAACCGGUCUGCCAAGUGACCAACGAAGAGCAAGCAACGAAAACCAGCGAAGAGGAUCCUGAGCGGGUACCAAAGACUACCAACGAGAACGAGCAAGCUGCCCUGAGCAAGUACGAGGAAUGGAGGCAACAGCAGCAGCAAUCGUCACCGCAGCAGCACUCUGUACAGCAUUUACCCUAUAAGCAGGAAUCGCAACAUGUGGGAACGGUGAACUCGUCGCACCGCGCGAACUCGUCCGAGACGACGGCUGUCGAUUCUACGGCGGCGACGAUGUUUAAUUCUGCGGCGUAUUUUAGCGAGGAUCCCGCGGCGGAUCGACUAUUCGCCGUGACUAAUCCUUGACCACUGUACAUUCGUUAUGUAUAUUGUAUGAUAUAAAAGAAUAUUUCUAUGAAAGCACGAGAGAGAGAGAGAGAGACACACACACAGUUUUGUCCGUGGAAAAGAAAAUUCCCCGAGUGCUGUUCCAGGCGAGAUGGAGGGAAUCAUUAGAAACAACACAGUAUAUAGACCUUUGGCUUGUGUAUAUAUUCGAAUUACGAUAUAUUAAUAAUAAUAUUUCCAACGAUGUAUUUAAUAUUAUUAUUAAUAUAU